UCUUCAUAUUUAAUCGAGUUGGGUUGUUUUAGUCCACGAUAAUAUUUUUAAGUACAAUUGACUCUUUACAAUUUACACUUGCCCAUUUAUACCGCAAAUUAGAAUGAUCCAACUUUAACUAAAUAUAAAGACUUAAUUAUACUUAAAAAUAUUAUAAUGAUUAAAAAAAAAUAGAAAAAUACAUAAUUACAUGGACUUGUAUAGUAAUUAAACCUAUAAUAUUAGAUUGAUGAGAUGGGUAAUAUAUACAUAGACAAUGGUUACGCAUAUAAUAUGGUCCAUUAAUAGUCCAGCAAGUCAAGUCUCGAGGCAUGGCCGAGAAAUUUUCGAUGACUUGCGCGGUAAGGUUGACUAGUGCCUGAAAGUAUUUUGCACGGUGGUUGCUGGUGUGGAAAAGGAAUGCAUCACUGAGUUCUCCUGCAAACAUCACUCACCAACCACGUUGACUAGACUCUAGAGCCAACCGUCGACUUUGAACUCUCUCUUUUCUAUCGGAACUCUGAAGCAUCUUCUUGGUUAUUUAAUAACCAACUUUGUCCUCCCACCGAACUCAGAAACAUAUAAUUUCUUAAUUUACUCACGCAUAUGGCGCUGCUGAUUUUUAGUCUUCUAGAAUCGCAGAACAUUUGAAGCAAUGGGUGCCUAGCUAUUAUUGUAUUUGAGGAUUAAUCAAUCCCCUUUCUCCUAAGUUCAGCUUCAUUUGUGGGCACGUGCGUGAAAGCACUGGUCCUUAAGAAACAAGAUGCGGGGAAGCCAAAGUUGCUUCUUCAACUGGGGCUCUACUGUCAUCUCUCCUUUGUUUCUCUUGUUUCUCUCUCAUUCAUUCCGGCCUUCCUCCACACACCCACCGGUACCCACCAAACCAGGAGAGUACUUCUCAGCAGACUAUUACAAUGAGUGCGCCAAUAGCCUUCCCUUCCAUUGCGGCAACAUCAUGACCGACGACAUCAAGUACCCUUUCUGGACAUCUAAUCAGCCGUCUUUCUGUGGUCAUCCUGGCCCUGGCUUCGAACUCACAUGCGCCAAAGGCAUGUUGUUGUCCAUCCAAAUUGGUAAUAAGAAGUACCAUGUAAUGAAGGGCAUCAGUUAUCGAGACCGAGUCCUUCAACUCCUGGAUUUUGAUCUUCUGCUCGAUGGCCCUUCUUGCCCUCAAAAGAUGAGCAAUACCUCCUUUGACUUUUCCCUAUUCACGUACCCAGAUGAUAAUCAGGAUACCAACCUCACCGUGUUCCUUGAUUGCAGUAGCCCCCUCUUCAUGGAUUUCCUCUUCCCCACCCAAUGUUAUAAUAACGGGUUCUUUGGGCACUACUCGUACUUCACGUUGCAGAGCUUCGGCCAGAAAUUACCUAUGCAUGAUCUCUUAGCCAAUUGUGACACCACUGUGUUGCUUCCGGUGUCUAAUUUGAAUUUUAGUCCUGAGACCUUCCGAAAUGGGACCAUGAACUUCUUCGAGGCAUUCGAGGUUGGCUUUAACCUCACUUGGACUGUCGACCAAGGCUGGUGCGAAAACGAGUGCCUCAAGACCGGUGGAAUCUGCGGGUCCGACCCAAAUGGCACCAAAGCAAACGCGUGCUUCUGUCCCUCCGGCACCAUGAGUAAUGGAACCUCCUGCACUGGGAAGAGCAACAGGAACAAGAUAAUUAUAGGUGUCGUAUUAGGAGUUGCAGGAAUCUUGGCAAUUUGCUGCUUAUGGUUGUUGUACUCACGCAGGAAGAGGAAACAGCGCUCCUCUUCCACUCUCCUUGGUAGAUCAUCCCCUGAAGAACCUUCAUCCAUGAAAGACGUUGAAUAUGGCAGCAAACUGUACCCAACACACAUAUUCCGCUACGAAGAGCUACAGGAAGCCACCAGUAACUUUGCUGAAGCCAACGAGCUAGGCGAUGGUGGCUUCGGCACUGUCUACAAAGGCAAACUAGGAGACGGGCGCACAGUGGCAGUGAAGCGCUUGUAUGAGAACAAUUACAGGAGAGUCGAACAAUUUGCAAAUGAGGUUCAAAUCCUCUCUGGGCUGCGUCACAAUAAUCUUGUCAGUCUUUAUGGCUGCACUUCUCGCCAUAGCCGUGAACUUCUUCUUGUCUAUGAGUUUGUGCCUAAUGGCACAGUUGCUGACCACCUUCACGGCGACCGGGUUCAACAAGGAUCACUUCCAUGGUCUGUUCGGAUGAGUAUUGCCAUUGAGACAGCUGAUGCUCUGUCUUAUCUCCAUGCCGUUGACAUCAUUCAUCGAGAUGUUAAGACUCACAACAUCCUUCUUGACAAUGACUUCCAUGUCAAAGUUGCAGACUUUGGCCUCUCAAGGCUUUUUCCGGCUCAUGUUACUCAUGUCUCUACUGCUCCACAAGGCACACCAGGAUAUGUCGACCCGGAGUAUCAUCAGUGUUAUCAGCUAACUGGUAAGAGCGAUGUUUAUAGCUUUGGAGUAGUGUUGGUUGAGCUUAUAUCAUCGAAGCCUGCUGUUGAUAUCACCCGUAGUCGCCAUGAGAUCAACUUGGCCAACAUGGCCAUCAACAAGAUACAAAACCGUGAACUAGACCAGCUGAUUGAUCCAGCUCUAGGGUAUGAUACAGACUACGAAAUUAGGAACAUGAUCACAAUGGUGGCAGAGUUGGCGUUUAGGUGCUUGCAGACAGAUGGAGACUUGAGGCCUUCUAUAAAAGAAGUGUUGGAGUCGCUGCUAGAGAUUGAGAAAAGUGGCUCUAAGACUCUGGAAACUGAUGCUCCGACCAGAGAUGUUGAUCGGUUGUUGAAGAGCCUGCCGCCGGACUCACCAGACACUGUUAUUGAUAAAUGGUCUAGCAAGGAAACAACUCCUAACACCAGCAAGUAACACACCAAUAAUGAAAGCAGUAUGUAGAGAGUAAGCUGCAGGAAUGAGGGAAUGUACAUAGUAGAUAUAUAGAGUAUCUAUUGAUUCCAUUGCAUACAUACAUAUAGAGAUAUUCAUAGGUUUCACUUCUCUUGUUUAUUUUAUAGUUUUGUCUGUUCUGCCAUGUGGUAGCAGGGUUUGUGGCUCAUGCUGUUCCAAGUGUUCUGAUAAACUAACUGCAGAGGUCUGUGUUGUUUGGCUCAUGGCUUAUAGAUAGAGCAAAUAUUGAAUCAA